AUGGGAGAGACAGACGAAUGGAAACCGACGCCCGUGACGUGCUUCACGGGGUUCCUUGGCGCGGGCAAGACAACGACAAUCCUCGGGCUGCUGGGCAAGCUUCCGGAGGAUUACAAGGUCAUGCUGCUCAAGAACGAGUACGGCGAUGUGGAGGUCGACUCGUUGCUUGCGAAGCAGAGUAACAUCUCCGGAGUGACUGAGAUCCUCAAUGGGUGUCUGUGCUGCACGAUGGUCGGACUCGUGGAGAACGCCCUCGUUGAGAUACGGGAAAAGUACCAUCCUGACAGGAUCAUCAUUGAGUCGAGUGGCUCCGCUUUCCCGGCCACGCUGGCGCUGCAGAUCCGCUCGCUCGAGUCCAAGGGCUUCAAGCUUGACGGUGUCGUGACGGUCAUCGACUGCGUAAACUUCAGGGGAUACGAGGACGACUCGCCGACUGCCAAACUGCAGGCGCAGUACACAGACCUGCAUAUCCUAAGCAAGCACGAGGACGUGUCCGAGCGGGAGUUCGAUCUCCUCCUCGACCGGCUAGGCGACCUGACCGACUCGACACCGCACAUCAAGGUCAGCCGCGAGAAGCCGCUGACGCCGGAACUCGUGUUCGGGCUCGACAGUACGCUGUUCCUGAAAGGGAGCGAGGAAGCAGACACGUGGGCUGCGAUUGGAGGCGAGGGGGCGCACAUUGACGAGGUGCAGACCAAGUCGGUGUGGCGAGGGGGGCGGAGGCCAGGACACUCUCACAAGAAGGGAGAGGAGUGUGGCUCUUGUAAAGACGGGGAGGAGAUGGUAGAGGAGGUACAGCCACUCCCGCGCGAGGAGCUUGAAGCGCAGCUCAAGAAGUUCGCGUACAUCCCGGAGAUCUACCGCAUCAAGGGCAUUGUCCGCUUCCCGUCUGCAGGCGGGUACGAAUCGCACGUGCUCAACUGGGCGUUUAGGAAGUACGAGCUCACGCCCAUGCCUGCGCUGGACGAUUCACCUGACCUGGUGGGCGUGAGCGUCCGCCUCACUGUCAUGGGUGAGAGGGGCGAGGUUGCGCGCCCGGCACGCAUGCUUGCCGAAGGCCUCGGUGCGCAGGUCGCAUAG